AUGGCCGUCUUCUUUAUCCACGCUAUCAGCCACGAGUCGGGUACGAUUGAUAUAUCACACAGAGUUGUUGUUACAGGUGUGGCUGUCUUCCUGGGCAUCCCGCUUGGGGCAGCGAUUAUCACCCGAUUUGUUGUUCGUAAGUUCGCCGGCGCCGAUUGGUACCAGCAAACUUUCCUCAGAUAUCUCGCACCUUGGUCUCUUAUAGGUCUACUCUACACCAUCCCUGUUCUAUUCGCAUCCCAAGGCAGACAAGUUGUUCACCAGAUUGUGUCGGUCGUCCGAGUGGCUGCGCCACUGAUUACAUAUUUCGUGCUCAUCUUCUUCGUCACUUUAUGGAUCAGUAGACUGCUCGACUUCCGGUUCCCCAUGGUGGUUACGCAGAGCUUUACUGCUGAUAGCAAUAACUUCGAGUUAGCUAUCGCCGUGGGGGUCGCGACCUUUGGCGCCAACAGCGACCAAGCCCUGGUAUCCACCGUUGGUCCACUCAUCGACGUCCCAGUUUUGGUAGGCUUGGUGUACGCCGUUCGCUGGAUGGCCAACAGAUGGGGUUGGAAUUAA